AUGGAUUCACUUACUAAAACAAUAGAUGGAUAUGUAGACCAAUUGAAAUCCAAACUCGAAGGUAAAAUUGAUUUUGAAGGACAAAGAUUAGCUGAGAAAUGGAAUCAAAUCAUUAUUCUUUCAUUUGCUGUGAUUGCUUUCGGUUUGGGUUAUAUAGGUCAAUCCAUGAUGAUCACUUUUGGGGUUUAUGCAGUAGGAGUGGUGAUUGCAUUACUUGUUGUUGUUCCUCCUUGGCCUUGUUAUAAUCGAAACCCUGUGAAAUGGUUACCUAAGAAUUCGGCUUCAAAUGGAUCAGCUACUUCUAAACCCAUCAAAUCUUAA